GCCCUAUUGUCCCUUUGCAGGCCCACGCCACGAAUUUGAAAAUGGGGGCAAGGCUUCUUUCACCUUGUACCCCUGGUGGCCUGGGCCCUGCUUUAGCCAGUGACCAAACGAGGCCAUUUACCAUAAAAUGGCGACUGGUCAAAGGACAUCCAGAUGGUCAACCGGCAAAAUGUGCUUGUUGUUUAUUAUAACGUCUCUAGAAAAUAAAUUAUAAAGACCUAAAUUUUCUUUUAUUUGUUAUAUGCUGAAGUUUACUGUUGAUGCCUGCAUGACUCUAAAACUUGAUGGAGACAUGCCAACGGACAAGGACAAUAGCGCCUGCGAGACUGCUAGGCCAGAAGGUCACUACUUCCAGGAAAAUGAACAAGACUGGCAAGAUUUUGUUUGUGGAGGUGGAGCGGCCUGUUUUAACAUUCUAGUAACAUUUCCAUUAUUUAAACUGAUGCUAAGACAACAAAUAGAUGGCGUGAGGGCUUUCAAAGCACUAGGACAAUUAAGGCGUGAAGGAAUUUCAAAUUUAUAUCGUGGUAUUUUACCACCUUUACUUCAAAAGGGUGCAUCAGCUUCAAUUAUGUUUGGAUGUUACCACAAAUUUCAAAGAAUACUUUUGUCGAAAUAUCCAAACACAAAUCAUGUCUACCUUCAGCUUUGCUCUGGGAUGAUGGCAGGGACUCUGGAGGCCUUUCUCACUCCCUUCGAAAGAAUUCAAACUUUACUUGCAGACCAUAAACAUCACGAAAAGAUUGCUAAUACAAUUCAUGCUUUUCGGAAAAUUGGAAAGCAUUAUACAAUAAAAGAGUAUUACAGAGGCUACACAGCUAUUGUUCUGAGAAACGGACCCAGCAGUGCUCUCUUCUUUUCAUUGCGUGGACCAAUCAAGGAUUCAAUGCCAGGUGCUGGAGACAACGAAGUUCUGUCAUUUGCUGAAGAUUUUGCUAGUGGUGCUUUACUUGGAGCUGCACUCAGCACACUAUUUUACCCCUUAAAUGUAGUCAAAAGUAAUAUGCAAAGGCAUCUAGGAGGACCAUAUACUGGCGUUAUUAGGACAUUUAAGUUUAUUUACAAACAAAGAGGUAAUUCGCUCAUAAGAAUGAACUUUGGUGUUAGUGUGAAUUUUUCAAGAGCUCUUGUAUCAUGGGGCAUUAUCAAUGCAACAUAUGAAGUUCUUAGAAAGAUGAUGCUCCAUCAAGACUCUUAUGAAUAUAUUGUACAUUGAUUGAAGAUGAAUAGUAAUGAACAUAGUUGAAUGAUUUGGUUUUAUUUUUAUAAUGUUGUGAGGAUUUUUAACUCAGAUAUAUAAUAGAUGUUACACAACCCCAUUCCAAGGUCUGAAAUUAUUUCACCGCACCUUAAGCUCAACCAGUUGCACCAAUCAUUAAAUGAUUCCCCUACAUAUAGGCCUACCCAGUUUAAAGGCACACCCAUUUUGUGUCAAAUAAGAAUGAAGUGCAUGUCUCUGAUCUGAAAAGAAAAUAAAGGAAAUUUAAAAAGCAAAAUUGACCUCCUCUAAAUGAUGAUUUAAUACAAGUUUGAUCUUUCACCAUUGAUUUCUGACUGUGUCGAUAUUAUUCCUUCACCACAAUAUUUACACAGGACGGUCAGACCUGCUCAAUAGACCUCUUAUUUUAGAUUACCACUUUCUGGCCCCUCAAAUAACUAUAUAAUUGUUAUUGUAUAUGGCAACUUUUUUCUUUUUUCCAACGAUGAAAACAAAACACGACUGCUAAAUAAUUUCCCAUUGCAUCCUGUUUCCAGUAAUUUACUUCUUGUGUAUAGGCUUUUGUUUUAUUUACUUAAAUUAUAUUUUCUUGGUUCAAGUGUUGAUCAUGGUAUGUUUAUGUUUUAUCAAAAUGGAUUUCAGCAAAAAUAAAGUGUGUGUAGAUAUAAGCUGUUUAUUAUAGUUUUAAAUUUUAUGCUUCCAAAAGGAAGCUUUAAACUUUCGCAAAAUGGUCUUCUAGUUUUUGUUAUUUAAUAAAAAUGAUUUGUAGAAUUAA